AUGUUCCUUUGCUCUGCAGCUAUUUUCAGUCCUUUCUCUGCAAAUUUUUUUCAUUUGCUCUGCUUUUUUUCAUAUUCUGCUCCUUUUUUCAGUCCUUUGCUCUGCAGGCGUCCUAUUUUCUUUCUGCAGGCGUCCUAUUUUCAGUCCUUUGCUUUUGCAAGCGUCCUUUUUCUUUCUUUUCAGUCUUGCUCUGCGAAAUAUCCAGUCCUUUUUCUGCACGUAUGCGAGCGUCCCUAUUUUCAGUUUCUCGAGCGUCCUAAUUCCUUUGCUCUGCGAUUUUCGUCUGUCAUCAUUUUUUUUGCUCAUUUAUUUAAUAUCUAUUUAUUUUGCUCUGCCCCUUUUCUGCAGAUACUAUCUUUUGCUCUGCAGGCCUUCCUUGCUCUGCGAGCGUUAUUUUUAGUCCCGUUUUUUCAGUCCUUUUUCUGCGACUAUUUUCAGUCCUUUGCUCUGCAGGCGUCCUUUUUUCAGUUUUUUUUUUUUCCUAUCUUUUUGCUCCCAUUUUCAUCCUUUCCAUCUUUUUCAGUCCUUUUCUGCGAGCGUUUUUUUCCUCCUGCUUUUUUUCAGUCCUUUGUCUGCAAGUUUUUCCAAUCCUCUCCUUCUUUUUUCCUUUUCUUUUUUUUUUUCCUUUUUUUUCCAUAUUUUUUUUUUUUUUUCCUUUCUUUGUUUUUUUUCCUUCUUUCCUUUUUCCUUUCCUCUUUCCAUUUCUUUUCUUUUCUGUCCUUAUUUUCUAUUCUUUUUCUUUUCCUUUUUUUUUCCUUAUCCUUUUCGUUUCAUCUUUUUUUUCUCUUUUUUUCUUCCACUUUUCAUUCUUUCUUUUUUUUUUUUUUUCUUUCAUUUGCAAAUUUUUUUCAUUUUUUUUUUUUUUUUCUUUAUCUUUUAUUCAUGCUUUUUUAUUUCCAUUUUCUCAGUCUCUUUCAUUCUUUAACCUUUAUCCUUUCUUUUUUCAAAACUGUCAUCAUUUUUCAAUUUCCCAAUAUUUCAUUUUUUCUUUAA